AGUCUUCAGGAGUCCGUGAGCCAGCCUGGGCAGUGCGGCGUCGCCGUGCCCUCUCGUUGAGAAAGAGAACCGUGAAGAGGCGCGGCUCGGAGCGGACUACAGGAUGGCUCAUAUCCCGGGACAGCCGGUCACGGCCGUAGUGCAACGCAUUGAAAUUCAUAAGUUACGUCAUGGAGAAAAUCUUAUACUUGGAUUUAGCAUUGGCGGUGGAAUUGAUCAAGACCCAGGACAGAAUCCAUAUACUGAAGAUAAAACUGACAAGGGUAUUUAUGUUACCAGAGUGACGGAAGGGGGACCUGCUGAGGUUGCAGGGCUCCUAGUGGGAGACAAAAUAAUGCAGGUAAAUGGAUGGGAUAUGACGAUGGUAACCCACGACCAGGCCAGAAAACGCCUCACAAAGAAAAACGAAGAUGUUGUGCGGCUACUAGUGACCCGGAAGUCUCUGCAAGAUGUAGUCCGUCAAUCCAUGCUACAGUAAAAGAUUAAAAAAAAAUCAAGUGUUUUGAGGCAAAGAGGGAACAAUUUCUAGUCAAUGGUGAUGUGGGGUGAAGAAGUCAAAGGGAUAAGUGCUAAGUAAAAAAAAACAAAAAACAAAUAUGGCAAAUGUACAUUACCAGAAAAAGGGCCACAUUUGAAAAUUUAACUUGGCAGCCUCUGUCCACCUAGUUGUAAAUUACUGGUUUAGCAGACCCUGGUGAAGUGUAAGCCAGUCACCUUGAAAUACUUCCACUGCCUUUUCAACCCUUUUCGAAGCCUUCUGCAUUAAAUUAAAACAUGACAUUCCUAAGCAGAUCUUUUCCACAAUGCUAUGCACUAACAACUCCCCUCACCACCCUCUUGGCUACAUCAGUUUUUCCCAUAAAAAAAAAAAAAAUCAGUAUUGUGUAAUAAGUAUUAUGUGCCUUAACUUGAUGGCAGCAAACUAAGUCAAUAUUUGACCAAAACAAAAAUCCCCUGUUUGGGUAAAGUGCAAACAAAAGCAGCAUUUGGGCAUUAAAUACUUAGCCUUCCAUUUGUUCAUGUAAGCACACCUGGGCACUCAAGUCUUUGGAUACAACAGCCAGACUGGUUUUAUCCAUGUAUUGGGCAUCCCAUCCAUAAUCUACCUGAAGUCCAAUUUUUGCCUUUUAACUUUAAUUACCAAUAAGAAUGUGGAACCAAGCAUGCCUUAAAUAUUUAUCAGCGUGGGAACUGAUCAGUCGGGCACCUGCUUUGCCGUCACAAAGCGUUUCUGGGUCACAUUUGAGCUUUGCACAUCUACUGUGUAAGUCACAGUAACUUUAUAUUAUUAUUAUUAUAGAACGCUUGGCACAUACUCUGAGUAACGGCAACUGUGACUGUGCAUUGUUAGUGUAUACUUAAAAGAUAAAUUACUAUGGGGGUACACAGUAAUCAUGGAGGCCAAAACUAAAGUACGACUGGGUCAGUGUGGCUAAAAGACGAGCACUCGUUCACCGCUCCAGAACUGCCUCCAUGUUUUUACUAAAGUAGCAAUGCCUCUUUUCUGUGCCACACAUGUCAGGAACCUUACUUGGGUUUGUACCUUUUAUAAACAUUGGCACCCACAUAAGACAUUCCAGUUUAAAAGGAUGCUUUGCUGCACGGUUGAAAAAAAUAUUUUAAAAGAAAUUAGACCUUUCAGAAAUGUUUAUCUUUGAAAGAAGUGUGCGGAGGACGUAACGCCUGUCUCGAACUGUCUCGAUUGCGUUUACAUGCACGCUUGCUUUCAAAGUGGGAUAAAAAUCAUGUAAAGCGCACCCGGCUCGCAUCAGCAAUCGGCCCAGAAUGAUUCAAAUCCUCUGUACAUGUAAAACAAUCCUGGCACUGUCUGGAUCCCAUCUGUUUUGUUGGAUCACUUUGGCAAAUUUUAAGAAUGUGUGUGUUUUGUACACGGCGGCUCUUAAAAUCUACUGCCUGCGUUUUGUUUCCUGAUCGUCUGAUCAAUCUGUUUGGUCUGUCCAAGACCCUUUGAAUCUCGGGUCAUUUUAUAAUUGUGUGAAGCGGUAACCGUUGAUAUCCAAUCCCAUACUCUCAGAACAAACGCCAUUCUAAAGUGACUGACUGCAAAUCAUUCUACCAAUACGAACAAUGUGCCUGACCUGCUGCCAUUUUGAUUUUCUUUUGCGUUUUAAAUGUGGACCUGAUUGUUGUGUUUUUAUAAAAACCAAUUCAAGAAGACCAAAUGCCUAACGCUGUGAUGUUUAGGGAGUCACAAUAUCAAUGGAUAUAAGAAAGAGCUUUAUUUCUAAUUCUGUUAGCCAUUUCAUCGUUGUAUGUUUUUGUGAUUUAUAGUUUCACACUGGAAUCAUUAUUUAAAAUUAGUUGUUUGGGGGGUUAGGAUUUCUUACAUUUUGCUGAAAUUUUGUAUUUUAAAUCCCCUGCCAUAUAGUAUGCAAUUACAUAACUACAGAGCUUUUUUUGUAUCUGAUAUAUAUAUAUAUAUAUAUAUAUAUAUAUAUAUAUAUAUAUAUAUAUAUUAAAUGAUCUGAAUUGCAAGACGUUUGGCCACAACGGAGAUAAACUAAGUGAAGCCAAACUUAGGGACUGACUGCCGAUUGCGCAGAUUUGCUUUAACUGCCCAUUUGAAAAUUGCCUGACGUGCCUGAACUGGUGAUUUCCUUUUCGGUGAACAUCCUUCAAUGUUUUAGUGUAGCAGGGUCCUCAUGUUUUAAAUGCAGUGCCUUCACUCACAUUUUACUCAGAACUAGACGGUUAGUCAUUCAGCCAUUGUCUCCAUUACUGCUCCUCCAGCCUCAUUUCUUACAAAAAUGCUUUUAUUCUGCUUGUGUUUUUAAUUUCAGCUAAAAACACUGCAAUAAUCUGCCUUUUUAUACUUAACGUGUGAUUAAAACACUAAGUUGUCUGCUGCGGGGGUCAAACAUUUUGUAUACAGUAGUGAGCAGAAACUCCUGUUUUAGCAGAUUAAUCAGGUUUUGUGUUUUGCUGCUACAAUAUUAAAACAUUUUCUUACAUAA